CGCAUGUGUCUACGUGACAAGACGUGAUGACGUACAUUUUCAGCGCCAUUUUGAGAUGUUUUUAGCAUUAACCUAGCGUUAGCACAGCCACAGCAUGACCAGCAUGACCAGAGACAAGCGCUGAAAACGUUUCCAAAUUUGUACAUGACUGUAAAGUUAGUUGUCUUUGUGAUGGCGAGAUGACUCUAGCUAUCAUCUCAGCAAUACAUAUCCUUACAAAACCUCUUGGUGAGGCCUCUGUGCAAGAUGCUCAGUCCUCACCCCAAGAAGCUCUCCUGGCAGUGCUUCGGGCCAACACAGCCCUCCUCCAGGAGCAGCUUCAGAAAGAGAGCAGCUUCCAGGAGGUGAGGAGGCUGAGGGAGGAAGAGGUGGCGGCAGCAGACUGGUUCUCCAGCAAUACAGAAGACACCACAUGGCAGUUUGUCCAGGAGUGUCUCCUACUGCUCCUCACCUUGGCACGACACCUGUCCGUUGAACUUGAACGUUUCCGGCAGACCCCCGCUCCAUCUGCAGCUAAACAACGCACCCCUGAGAUGGCUCCACCUUUACCUCCUGAUGUCCUCAGUGUCACCCAGCAGAAGACGCUUGGAGCAGCUCUUCAGUUUGUGGUUUCUCUGGGGCUCUGCCCAUACUUGACCCCUGGAGUGGGUGUGUCGCUGGGUCGCAGGUCAGCAUUUGGAUCCAUGGUGGAAAAACUUGUCCGCUGUGGUACGGUGCCAGCAGCAGGACGCCGCCUUCUUGCCACCACAAAUGUCCUAUUACAGUUGGCGGAGCUGUCAUCUCUCGCCACAUUGGUUUACACACGGCAUCUGGGGGAUGUGAUGGCAGCACUGUGCCAACUUGGCUACCAGCCAAACCGGGCAGAGAGAGGCGGCACAGAAGAGGAGAAGGAACAGGAGCUCAGUGCUGAGGAACGUCAAACUUGCAAGGAGGCCCUCGGAGGCCUUUUAGGAAAAGUCUACCAGCCAAUCGUUAUCAAGGAGCUGUUGAUCCUCCAAGGUGGACCCAAACAGUCUGGUGCACGGGGAAGCUCCAGCUGUUCCAGCAGUACGGCAGCUCUGGGAUCGGCUCCCACCUGGCUGAGGCGUCUGUGUGGUCAGCUGCUGUCUGAGCGCCUGAUGCAGCCUAACGGUGUCCAGGCUGUAGUCAGAGCCAUCUUGGAGGGAGGAACAGGGGGAGAGUCAGACUGGAGGAAAUGUGACGGUGUGGCUAGGAUCCUGGUGACCUGCCCGCAGCGGUCUGCCUCAGCAGACACCUACUACAGACAAGUCUGUCAUCAGAUCAUUGACCUCCUGCACUUCAGGGACAAGCUGACAGCCCAGCAGUUUCAGCGUGUGGCCACCAGGGCGGUGCUCUUCAUGGUGCAGGAGAAGCCCAGCUUUGCCCAGCAGUACUUGCUCACUCCUCUGCUCACACCUCUCCACCGCUGCACCACCGCUUCCAAUGAGGGGCAUUUCCAAGCUGCUGUGGAGGAGUGGGAGCUGACACGCUGUGUUAAUGAUGUAUACAAGAUCUGGGUGGUUGGAAACAGUCCGUCAGCUUGUCUUCUCAAAGCCCUAGAACAAGUUCUUCCUGUUAUCUUUACACUCUUCUGUUUCACCAAGCAGAAUGUCUCCCAUCUACGCGCCCCCUGUCAGGAGAUUUUGCUGUGGUACCUGAGCCACACUGAGACGCUUGCAGCCCUGUCAGCACUGAGGCAGCUUGCAGGUCUGCAGGGAGACAAGAACGAAGUGGCGGCAGACUUCCACUUCUCCCCGGGCAGUGAUGGAGGAGCCAGACUCAGCUCCAGAGAGAGCUGCAGUGAAGAAGACGAUGCUCUGUAUGAGAAGCUGUCAGGAGAGCAGUGGAGGCUGGAGUGUCUGAUGCAGCUGCUGGCUGAACUCAAAGACUCUGACCUGCCCGGAGACUUCUUCCUGGACCUGCUGCAGGAGCUGGCCAGCUGGGCAGCUGCAGCAGACGAAGAAAAGAAAGGUGAACAGGAGUUGGACGUCUCAGCCAUGACACUCCUGGAGGUGGAGCAGCAGCUGCUGGGCCCAGCUGCGAGGCAAGGCCAGAGAUUCGCUCUGCUUCAGGUGUUGGCUGUGAUGGUCGAGUGUGUGCAGCAUACUGUGCUGCUGAGAAAAACCUCACAGGUGGUGGGCUUCAUGGUGUCCCUGCUUAAAAGGGCCUGUGUGGGUCUGGAUCCGGCCAAUGGUCCAAAUCGUGGGAACCCAGUAGAGAGCCAGACACUGAGCAUGGGGAUGGGCAUAGUGGCCACUAUGCUGUCUGGAUCUCAGCUUAGUGCAGAGGACUACUCUUCAAUGGCCAGACUGCUCCCACCACUGGAGAUGCUGUCUCAGAAGCACCCCGAGGUGGUCAUCCAGGAGUUGGCAUCCAACCUCAGAGCUAUCAUUGCCACUCACGGUGCCUACUGGCCUGAAAGCCUCACCGAUAUUGCUCAGCGCUCCAGAAACCCAGAAACAACAACAAUGAACAACAGUGUUUUUGGGAAAAAGCAAACCACGCAAACAGAAACAAGCGACUCACAGACUAGUCCGCAUUCAUCUCCCCCAGGCAGUAAUUCACCUAGCAACACCCACAUCAGACACCCAGCCUCCUCUGGAAGGUCUGCAGCAGCAGGCCCUCCUACUAAGCCCUUUUCUGAUUGGCUGCUAGAAGCAUGUGACCCGGACGUGCCGACCAGAGCGUUCGCCCUGAGGGUCCUGACCCAGAUGAUGCGAAAGGAAAACCCAGAGGCUGUCCAGGCACAGGAGAAAGUCCUGAUGCUCUUCUUAGAAAACCUGGAGCAUGAAGACUCAUUCAUCUACCUGUCAGCUAUUCAAGGGUUGUCUGCAUUGGCUGAUUCCUACCCAGAGAGGAUUCUGGCUAGGCUCCUAAAAGACUUUCAACAUGGUCCCUCACUCCCUACAUCCAACAAGGAGCACUCCCUGGAAACCCGCCUGAAAGUGGGAGAAGUCCUGAUGAGGGCGAGCAGGGCUAUGGGGGAACUGGCGCCUCACCUUGGCCGUCCUCUGGUCAGCGUCUUCCUGCAAGGAACCAGGGACCCGGACCAAAGCGUCCGAGCCAGCAGUCUGUCCAACCUGGGGGAACUCUGCCAGAGACUGGACUAUGCCCUAGGAACGGUGGCUCAAGAGCUCAGCUCCUGUCUGACUGCUCUGAUAAAGACAGAGAAGGAAGCGGAGGUAAGGAGAGCUGCUAUCCAUGUCAUCACCCUGCUGCUCCGAGGGCUCAGCGAAAAAACCACCCAGGUUCUCAGUGAUGUAUUGUUGGACCUGUACCGAGCUCUAAAGUGGGUGGUUCGCUCAGACCUGGAUGACGUUGCAGUGCUCCAUGCCCAGCUGGCUCUGGAGGAGCUUGAUGACAUAAUGAAGAGGUUCAUCUUCCCUGAGCAGAAGCUGGAGAAGAAGAUUGUUGUCCUGCCAUAGAGCACACGUUCGCUUUCCAUAGGGUCUUAACCCCUCCAUAGUUUGGACUGAUAGAGGACUUUAUUUUUAUAUGCUCGACUUAUAGUCUGCACUAGUUCUGCCUCCAUGUGAUGUGGAUUUUAUGGUCAGGCCACCCGUCCGUAACAGCAGCAGCUUGGUAUGCAGGUCUGCGUACCAAGCUACAGCGACCCUAUACCAGUUUGUUAUACUGUAUUACCAGUCCACUUCCAAAAUAAAGUUUUAAAAACACA